AUGCGUAUUUACAAACACAUGUUAAAGACAAUUUCCUACAGAUAUCUGGACGUGUUACAGGACAUCGUUCAGAGUUAUAAUCGUACACAACAUCGCAUGUUGGGACAGAGUCCGGUCAGUGUCACUAAGAGAAACGAGGGCGAAGUCAGAAUAGCUCAAUAUCUUAUCAAGAAAUCUGAUAAAUCCCCAAAGAAAAAGUCAAACUUCACAUUUGAAGUGGGAGAAAAGGUGAGAAUCAGUCACAUGAGGGGAAAGUUUGAUCGGGAAUAUCAAGAAAAAUGGUCGGGGGAAAUCUUCAGUAUCGAAAGAAGAUACUGGUCUCAAAACAAAGAUAUGUACAAACUCAAGGACUGGGGUGGUGAUUCUAUCGAAGGGACAUUCUAUGCAGCCGAACUUCAAAAGGUGACAGAAAAUCCAGACCAGGUAUACAGAAUACAGGAGGUAUUGACAAAGAGAACUCGGAACAAAAAGAAAGAGGUACUGGUCAAGUGGGUUCAUUGGUCCAGUAAGUAUAAUUCGUGGAUUCCCGAACCCGACCUGAUUCGUUACCAGAUGAUAUAA